UUGUUUCUUGGACGAAAAUCUGCUCCGCCGAAAUUAAUGCGCGUAUCUUGCACGGACACAUCUCUCGUGGGGUCUGACCCUCAUCCCGCGUGGGCUGGCGGGCUCUCGGCGCCAGCUCCUGCGGAAACCAGCCUGCUGGGAAACUAAAAAUCGUGCGCGUCUUUCGCUUAAGUUAUUUCAUCUGCUGUGGCGAGGAUGGAAUGGUUUAGGCUUUGUGCCUGGCUGUGUCGAUUUCGUUCAGAACUUAGUAAAUUUUCGACUUCGGCUGUGAUCAACAAGGGAAGAAGCCCCAUUAGCAGAAAGGGCGUGAACGUGUUCGUCGGGGAGGUGGCAGGAUCCGCGAUGUGCUGAGCAGGAAUUGGAAAAAUAUCGGAGCUCCCUAGUGCAGCUGGACACGGUGUCUGUGAUUGUGCUGCUCUUUGGAGUGGCAAGAGCUCAGCAAGACAUUUCCUGGCAUUUCAAUACCCCUUAUGUUUGGGAGGGGGUGCCUCUUGCUGAAUACCAGAGGUCAAUUCUAUUGGUGGAUAAAGAAGGAUGAUGGCAGGGAAUAACCAGCUUUGCAUUCGACGUUGGACUACCAAGAAUGUGGCCAAGUGGCUGAAGGAAGAAGGCUUCUGUGAAUAUGUGGAUGUUCUGUGCAAUAGACACAGACUAGAUGGAAUUACACUACUGACACUUACUGAGUAUGAUUUACGAUCCCCUCCUUUGGAAAUCAAAGUUCUGGGGGAUAUCAAAAGGCUGAUGUUGUCCAUACGCAAACUGCAGAAGCAACAUAUUGAUGUCCUAGAAGAGCUGGGUUACAACAGUGAUAGUCAUGUUGGCACAGCGUGCCCAAGUGUUGGUUCACUGCAGGGUACUGACUGGUUUUGUAAUGGUGACGUACCUCGGGACUAUGACGGACCAAUUACUGACUUGAAUGGUGAUCAGUAUCAGUAUGCAAAUGGAAAAAACAAACACUCUGCACGAAGACUGGACCCUGAGUAUUGGAAAACGGUUUUAAGUUGUGUGUAUGUCUUCAUAGUGUUUGGCUUUACAUCAUUUGUUAUGGUUAUAGUACAUGAGCGAGUACCUGACAUGCAAACAUAUCCACCUCUGCCAGACAUCUUUCUAGACAGCGUCCCUAGGAUACCAUGGGCUUUUGCUAUGACUGAAGUAUGUGGCGUAAUUCUUUGCUACAUUUGGCUGUUGGUUCUUCUGCUUCACAAACACAGAUCUAUACUCCUGCGAAGGCUGUGCAGCCUCAUGGGGACAGUAUUCUUACUACGUUGCAUUACAAUGUUUGUUACCUCACUCUCUGUGCCAGGCCAGCACUUGCAGUGUACUGGAAAGUUGUAUGGCAAUGUUUGGGCAAAACUCCAGCGGGCAUUUGCAAUAUGGAGUGGCUUUGGAAUGACUCUGACUGGAGUACAUACAUGUGGAGAUUAUAUGUUUAGUGGCCACACUGUUGUCCUGACCAUGCUCAACUUCUUUGUCACAGAAUAUACACCAAGGAGCUGGAACUUCUUGCACACCUUGUCCUGGGUCCUGAAUCUCUUUGGAAUCUUCUUCAUUUUGGCUGCACAUGAACAUUAUUCUAUAGACGUAUUCAUUGCCUUUUACAUCACUACAAGACUCUUUUUGUAUUACCAUACAUUGGCUAAUACUAGAGCAUAUCAACAGAGUAGGAGAGCAAGGAUCUGGUUUCCCAUGUUUUCUUUUUUUGAAUGCAAUGUUAAUGGUACUGUUCCCAAUGAAUAUUGCUGGCCCUUUUCAAAACCUACUAUACUGAAAAGAUUGAUUGGCUGAAGAGCAUGUGGGUCAGUUCAGAUUUUCAUGAAGCAUUAUGACUAAGAUCCUACAAGGCUAGCUGCAGGGGGAUGUAAAAUAACAUUUUUCACUCCGUGACUACCACCUCAUUGUCUUGGUUAUUGGAUUCUUAGCCAUAAAUUGGGGUUUCCCAUACUUCACAGGGAUGUGUUUUGUUUUCUUGUUGCUAAAAUAGAAAACAAUGCAGGGACUGGUAAAGGCCAUCAGUGAACCAUGAAUAUGAACCAGAAUACUGAUACCCUUAGUAAGGUUCUGUGUCAAUGUUUAUGUAGCUUAAACAUCAAAUACAUGCUUGUACUGAAUAUAAUAUACCCCUUACAGGUCCAAACACUCUCCAUUACCUGACAUGCCAGCCUUUAUGUAUACUGACUAAAAAAAUCAGAACUUUAUGAAGACUUUCUUUAAAACAGUCAUAAAUUCAAACCAAACCCUGUGUAUAUUUAAGGAUUGGGGAGUACGGUGUCAUAUGAAGAAGGCAGUAUAGUUCUUUGCUAAAAGGGUCUCUUAACUGUGAAAUAACAAGUCUUAAAGUAUAAUUGACAGUGUAAGUGGUCUGCAUACUGCCAAAACUGAAGGUCUGCCUUGUGGCUAUGCAGUGAUGAUCUGUUUUCUUUAAUGGGAACUUAUUUAGUCUAGUGUAUCAGUUGUCUAUAUGGUUGUUCUAGCACUUUGAAGUUUUCCCUUUUGUAUUUAAAUAAAUGAGUUAAAGUAAAUGCUACAUCCACUGAAAGUAAAGUUAAUUUAGCUUUAGUGAGUUUAAAGCCACAAAAUAACUUUUGUAUGGUUUUAAUUGCUUUGUAUCCAAACCUGUGCAUGCUUUUUAGGAGCAGCUCUUUAACACUGGAAAAACAGAACAGUUAUCUUCAUAUAUCUUACUGUCCCAUAAAUGGAUGGGGAAAUGCAUGUAGUAACUCUUUCAAGAAAAGUAAUAAUAGUGCGUAUUGGAAAUAGUGCUCAUAUUGAUGUAUGUUUUAGCACUCUGGUGUCAUCAGUGUUGAAUAUCUGUGGAUAUAUAUAUACAUGCAGUAUAUUUGUUUAUAUAUAUAUAAACACACACAGUGUAUGUUCUUCUAGCAAAUAUGAAAAGAGACUAGUUCUUAAGUUGCUCAUUUACUACACCGAAGAUAAAAGUACCAUAAGCAAUUAAGUUUUGGUUGUUUAAAAGAAAAAAACAAAACAAAACCCAGAAUGCCCC